AUGAUUCGACGUCUUCUGCUCCUGCUUCUGAUCCACACGGCAACUGGAAGGUUAUCGACGAGUUCGGAUUCUUUCGGAAUCCCAAACUCAGCGCCCAGAAAUGCCGGUGCUGCCUUUGUGGAUCAGAGCCAACAGCCAAGGUUGAGGUGGGACCAUCAAGCUUUCUUCCUCAACACCCGAGUUUUCAUUCCUGUGUGAUGAUUUAAAGACAAAAAUAUUAAUAUUUUUCAUCCGUCUCGAGUUGAAACUUCCGAAUUCUCUGCAUUUUAUUUCAGUCACCAACGAGAUUAAAAAAAACAAGGAAAAAGCACCUAAAAACUUGAGCAUGGUCGACGGAAAAAAGAGCGCAGAGUAAUAAUUUACUUUUAAUAAAAGAAUUAUUUUCGUUUUUUUUAUCGUUUCGUAACAUCAUAAACCGAAAUUUGAUCUCUAUAACAUCACUAAAAGCAUAAGAUCAUAGUUAUUGGCUUAAUAUAAUAUAUUUUUAAAAAAAGAAAAGAAGUAAAAAAAAUAUUUUUUUAUUUCUAAAAAAAGAACGUGGGAAAUUGCGCGGGAACUCUGAUGUUUUUCUUCGAUUGUGGUGUCUGCAACAAACAUACGCGCAAAUUUUUUUAUUUUUUUACAAAUUUUUUUAUUUAAUAAUUUGUGUUCUACAAAAUUUUUCGCAUUCGUCUUUGUUGUUCUCUUUUGUUUGUACAAGUAUAGGUACUUUCCAUCCGUUAUAUUAUUGCACUUUUCACUUGCCUGAUGUAAUUUUCAUUCAGUUAGGUUCAGAGAAAGGUUGAAUCCAUUAAAAAAAGUUUCUCAUUUUUUUAUGCUUGAGAAAAUUUUUUUUUGCGUUACUACGUCCUCAAGGUGAAAAAACCCAGAGAUAUUUUUUUUCAAUUUCUUUCCUUUCUCCAUCCUCUUAUGACGUCUAUUUUCUUUAUCAUACCAUUUCAUAACAUCAUGAACGUGUUCUGCAAAGUCACUGGCAAACAUUAAAAUUAGAGCCGGGCGAAUAAAGCCUAGAAUAAAAAGCCGUGUCGACAAAUGCGCGAAAAACCGCCUUUUGAGCUAUAAAUCCGCGCCCUCGGCAAUUUUCUCUCUUCUCCGCCUUGUUGUUUCGUAUUGUUUCGACGAUUAAGAAGCGUGGUUCUUCAUGUUUUAUUCCUCAUAAAGUUGAUUCUCUUCUUAUGGAGUCGAACAAGAAAAAAAAAGGGGGAAAUUGAGUGUUUUCUGGAACUUUUGAUCGACCAAAAAAGGACAUGGGAAAUUUAGCUCAAAUUAAAAAAAAAAGCACGAAAAAGCGCAAAUUCUGUUAAGGCCAACGUUUUUUUUUCUAUUUUUUUUUCCCGAUUGCUUCAAUUUUUGAAAAAUCUCAUAUCCAAUUUUUAACUAUGUCAUUUUUUUUGUAAGUGGAUAAUUUGAAAAAAUAUUUGUAGUCCUUUUAUGUAAGUGAACUCAUAUUAUCAUGGCCCUUUCUAUCCGAAAAUAAUAUUCCAAUCAAAAUAAUUUUUUCUUUUUCUUCCCAACAAAAGGAGAAAUAUUCCAAGUAGACCGUUAUUUUUUACUACCUAUCUGCGAAAUAUUCCGGAAAAAAGCCGACGGGCGGUCCUUUUCCGCAUUUUGAUUUGCAUUUUAAGUUCUCGAAAGUGAAUUCGAAGUGAAGUAGAACACCGAGAAAAUGCAAAUUUCUCCUUUUUAUCCGGAAGAUUUUCACGAAUGAUGCAAAAUUAUUUUCGAGUCCUUUUUUUAAGAUUCCAUACACAUUUUAUACGUUCAAACCGGAAUUUUUCCUCGAAAAUUCAAAGUUUUUUUUUUAGUUUUUAAUGAUAUUUUCAAUGAAUUUUAAUGAUACUGGAUGAUCAAAUCGAUCAAAUUUAACUUAUAAGAUUUUUUUCAAAAACCAACUUGAAAAAAAUUGUUCAAAGAACGAUUUUUUUAAAUUAAAAAUUCCUCUUACUUCUCUUUUUCGAAGCUUCAUUUUUCAGGACGUCUUCUGAUGACGUCACGGAAUCAGAAGAACUUCCAAAAGAGAAAAUUCCGGACCGUGCUCCCGGCUGGAAUCUCCACGUUGGAACCCAAUCUGAACAUCGACUGAGUAUCCAGAAUUUGGGACAAAGUGAUGAGGUCUCUUUUUUCGGGUAGGGAAAAAAUGUCGAAUCAGGAAAAAAAAAAUGAAUUUGUUGCUUUUCGCUAGCUUCUUUUGUAGCUUUUUUCGCACGUUCCUUUACCAAAAGCGGAAAAUACCUUUAAAAAAGGUCUUGAGGCGAAAUUUUGGUUGAAUCCCGUUAAAUUUGGUUUACGGGACAUCGACCCGCAAGUUGAGUAAUCAUGUAGAAAACGGGUGAAAAAUAAUUUGCAAAAGGGAUUUUCCUGGGAAAAAGUCCGGUGGCCACUUAAGAGGUUUCUCAAAAGCUACUUGGAGAGGGCACUAAAGUGACCACUAAAAUCACAUCCAUAAAAGCCCCUAUUUUUCGUCUUAGUGGCCAUUAUAGUGUUUUUUUAAUGAACCAUUCACACUUCUAAAGAGGCCACUGUACAAAAGGCUCAUUCGACUACUCAAGUAGCCACUAAAACUUUUAAACCCUAAAGUGGUCACUGAGAAUUUAUUUCGUUUUUUUUUUUUGGGAUCACUUCUGGGAAAUUUUUAGUGCCCAUAUAAAGUUCCUUAGAGAUUACUUGGAGAGGGCUCUGAAGUGACCACCGGAAUGUCAAAACCCUAAAGUGGUCACUGAAGCUUUCCCCGGAGCGGUCUCAUCAGCAGCUCUGGGAGAGAAACAAGCGCGGAAUGGACUAUAACGAUUUUCCAGGUCCUGCGACAGUUUUGGAAAGGUGGAAAUGGCGGAUCGCCCUAUUCAACCAGCGCCCCUAUAACUUCUACAGGUAAAUAUUGAUACUUUCAAUUUUUAAAACGUGAAAAUUUUCAGAAAGUGUCCAAAAAUGGCGCCAGAAUAGACUCGUUCAGCCAAGAAGUCAGCGAAAAAGAAAAGAUGUUAGAGAUCAGGAGAGCGCAGGUUUGUUAGAGAAAAAGAGGUUUUUUUAAAGGAAGUCAGCUAACAAAAUCUAUUCUUUUUGUUAUUUAUAAGUUUUUUUCGUUGAGUUUAUGUAUGAAAAUUGAAAAUAAUGAUCAUUUUUCCCUACUAAAUCUUUUUUUUUUGGGAUGUUCUACUCAUAGUUUUUUUAAUUCAAAUUGGCCAAGAGGUUUUAAUAAUCUCACUUAAUUUUUUAUUUCGUGAUGAGACCUUUAAAAUUUGAAUUUUGCUAGAAAAAAAGAAGGAUGAAAAAAACAUUUUUAAAAAAAUGAGGUUUUUUUGGAAGGAAAUUUUUUUGAAGUUGUUUUUUAAAAAAAGCUAUGUUUUUUUAAUAUUUCAGAAACCGUUUUUAUUCAAUAUUCUUAGCGAGUCUUUUUUUAAUUAAAAGGUCCCAUUUAGAUUUUUCUGAAAAAGUCGUAAUAAGUUUUUUUCGGAAAAAAAUUUCAAGAAUUUUUUUGUUUUUUUCUUGUUUUUUUCAUGGAAAAAAACGGUUUUUUUAAAAUCUAUUCUUGUAACUAAACUCCUAACUUUUUAACCUAACUUUAUGUUCUUAACAACAGAAAGCCAAUGGACAAACUUCGAAAUCCCGAAAAAAAUCGCCAAAAAAAUGGACUUCCAACGAUUUGGCAUCCAAUGCCUGGUACCCUGUCUUCGAAGGUUUUUCUAAUCAUUUUUAACAAAAUAACUCGGGUUUUCGUUUUUUUAAAAGUAUUUUUAAAGACUCAUCCUAAACAAGUGUUUUUUGCGCGAGACGGUCACGUUUUUAGAACACAGCCAAAAAAAAGCUACCGUAAACAGAGAUUUUUUUGGACCCCUGUGUGUCCUAAAAAAACCGCAUAGAAGGUCUUCAAGUGAAAUUUGUCUUUUCGGCAAAAAAAAAACGGGAAAAUCUCGCGCGGAAUGGUUCAAACUAACAAAAUAAUUCAAACUGAUUUUUUUAUUCUUGAAAAAAAUCUCAGAAAAAAAUCAUUGGCCGACGAUUUCGAAGAGGAAGAGGAAUCGUUGAGAAAAAGCUGAAGAAUCGGAAGGAUUGGUUUGUUUUCCGGAGUUUUACUUGAUAAAUGGAAAAAAAGACAAACUUGUAAAAAAAUCAGCAACGGAAAAAAAUCAUAAUUUAAAAAGUUUAAUUUAAAAAUUCUGUAGUAAUUUUUUUCAUGACUACUCAAUAUAUUCAUUGAUUUUUUUCUGUGGAAUAGCGAUUUUCUCCCUUUGAAAAUUGAGUUUUAUCUGAGAAUUUUUGGGAUCUUUCAUUUGGAAUUCCAGGUUCAAUGAUGAUUUUUAAGGGUCGGAAAAAAAGGAAAUUUUUUUCUUUUUCCUUAUGUAAGAUGUCAUGAAAAGCUCUGAAACUUUUUUUCUGAUCAAGAUAAAUUUCUCGAUUUCACAUUUUCUAGGCAAAUGGUACCGCCAGACGGGAAGACUCACCGGAAAGCGAGGAAGUGGACGAAAUGACGAGAGCCGAGGGGGUCAAAAGUGUGAAUGUAGGUUUUCACUAUAGGGUUUUUGAGUAUUUAUAGGAUUUUGUUUGAACAUUUUCUCGAAUUUCUUGAUCGAAUUGAAAUUUUAUACUUUUUUUUUUGAUGUCUUAAUUACAAAUUUGAAUCUCAUGCACUUUUAUAAGGGUUUUACGAGAUAGCGGCUGAAAAAAAAAUUGUUUUUAUUCGAAAUCAAGGGUUUUUUAAUACCUAGUCAUUUCAUAUUAAAUAAAACUGAUUUUUUUCAACCCUAUGAGAUUAAUAAUUAUAUUUUUUUAUUCACAUGUAAAAAGCAAAAUAACAGGUACAGAUAUGAUUAACAAGAGAAAAAUUAGCGUAUAAACUUGUAAAAUAUGAAUGAAAGGUAAUUGAGGCCCUCACGAGCCUCUGAGCCAGUGAGGAAAAAUGGUGAGGUGAAAUGAAAAUUAAAUAAUUAAUAUUGUUCCUCGCGUCUCUCAUAAAUCAUCUUUCAAAAUUAAGAGCAAGUUCAAGUAUAUUUGAAAAGGCGCCUAGGAUAAAUUGUGUGUCAUGACUUAAAAUUUCACCGAACGACAUUCCGCUGUUCCGCUGCGUGCGUUCGCGAAGCGUCUUUCGAAUCUAGGUCACGCUUUCAAGUGAUUGUUAUUGCUCUGGGAGCACAGGAAAGUAGAGUAACUUAAUAAAAGAAAAAAUAAAUAAAAAGCGCGACCAAGGUUCGCAAAGGCGCGCCGCGGCACAGCGGAAUGUCGUUCGGGGAAAUUCCAAGUCGUGGUACGCAGACUAUAUUCUUAAAGAAAGUUUAAUGUAACUUCUCUGUUUCUGGAGUGAAACUUAAAAUUGAUUAACCGAAGUUCUUGUUUUUAUGCAAUGUAAGCGUUAAGAAUACUUUCGAGAUUCUAGGUUCACAAGUUUUUUCUUGAAAAAUUGCAAAUGUAGUCAAUUUUUCCCGAUUUGAAAGGCGAGGGAGGCGUGGCAAGGGGCGGGACGCGUAGCGUGUGCGUUCGCGGUGCUUGGCACGUGUUGAAUUCAACCGCCAUCGACUCUUUGAAAAUCCCGUUUUUUUCGCUCUUUUUCAUUCCUUUUUCAAUUAUUUAUUGAUUAUUGUCACGUGUUCAUUAAAAAAAAGUAGAAAACAUUGAAAAGAGCGAUUGCCGAGCUUUUUAAGUAGUCGGCAGCAAUUGAAUUGAACUGGCGCCAAGAACCGCGUACGCACACGCUACGCGUCCCGCCCCUUGCCCCGCCUCCUUCGCCUUUCAAGUCGGGAAAAAUUGACUAUGUAGGCCCAAAGUAUAUUAUUACAAAGUUUGUUUGAAACUUCCCGCUGAACCUUCAUUUUUAUCCAAUUUUAUUUUUGAGUUUUUGCGUCCUAACUUUCUCAACUUGUUAAGGAAAGUUCUAUUUCUCGUGAAACUCAAAAAUCAUCCAUUUUCCAGAACAACCGGCUGGAACCGAGCGGUUACACGGGUGGAAAUGAAGGUGGGAAUCUUAAAAAAUGUUUCACUUUCAACAAAAUUUUUCUAAUUGAGUGAUGAGUGGUUCUCCUUUCACCCACAUUUAACAAUUUUAUUUGAUCAAAUCAACAUUUUGAGUGCCUAACCAACGAUUCAGGCAAUAAUCUACAGGAUUGGCAAAAACUUCAACCCGACGGCGAAAUGUUCCCCGAGGGCUAUGAUGGUGAAUCUUUGAUUUUUUCUGAAUAUUUUGCAAAAGCCAAUUUUUUUAUUUGAAAGUUCAUGCGUUUCGAUGAAUCUACUACUAGUAGUUAGAGCUCAAAAAUCGUCUUUUUUUUGAAUUUAUUUUUUUUCUUUAGGAGUUUUUUUGUGUCAUUCACGACACGUGAAAUGUUUAAAUAGAAACGUAUUUGGCAUUAAAUUUAGUUUGGACCGAUUUUCUCCACUAGGUUUUGUUUUACAGUCAUUCUUCUACAGUAAGCUUGAAAGUGAGCGGAGCUUGAAAAAUUCUGGUUCUGAAUAUUUAGGAGGUUGUACACUAUCUGUUAUAGUGAAAAGAGCUCACAGGAACAGAUGAAGAUUUUUAACCGAUGGUUUUUUAAAAAAUUUCGAAAACCGUGUAGUAAGAACUUACUUCUCGGUUAUUAGUCUUGAAAAUAGAGUUUGGGCCUUUAUUAAAGUGUUCCUAGUGACACAAAUCUUGCUCGAUUCGAAUUAAACCAAAAAAGGACUUAUCUUCUCGAGACCUUUUUGUGAAACUUGCCCAUGCUCCUUUAAAAAGUUCAGCGACGGUCUCAGAAAAAAAUAAUAUUUCAAACCGAAUAUAAUCAAGUCAUGUAGGUCUUUUUUUAUUAAAUUUUUUUAUCGUCUUAUAGAAAAAUUCAUUAAAUUGGAUUUUUUUGCCUCAGGGUGACUUCAACUUCCAAUUGAGAGAAGAAAAAUUUUUUUAUUUUUAAACGCAAAAAGCAAAAAAAUCCCUUUCCAAAAAGUCUUUUAGAUAAAUUGAAAGCAAAAUCGAAAAAAAGAACUUCUCUCGUCGAGACCUUUUUUCGAACUCUCCCUAUGCUCCUUUAGAAGAUCCAGCGAAAAUCGCAGAAAAAAUAAAUCACUUUUUUUUACAUAGUUAAACCAUGUAGAAAGUACCUCAUUUUGAUUGAGGAUUGUGAAUCGAAGUCAUCGAAAUUAUAUUGUUCUCCUUGGUCAGGCCUCUCGGCGCUUCCGCGAACGUUGGUCAACGAGGCGGUUUCUGCGGAGCCGGAGCCUUCAGUCGUCGUCGCUCCUCGCCACGUCGUCCGAGAAGUCACGACGGUCCCCACGAGCACUUCUGAACUAACCACGACGCCGUCGCUUUCCAUCAUCUUCACGGUCCGACCGCCCGUCGCCCCUCCCGUCUUCCUUAACAGCAUGAACACAGGUUUUCCGCCUCUAACUCUGCUCUGGCUUGAUCUGUCGAGGAAAGAGUGCUUUGGGAACAUCUGAGAGCUAAGGAAAGGCUUUAGCGAAAAGUUCACUAUGUUAUUGACUCAAAAUGGUAUCCUAGAAAUGAAAAAAAGCUUUUUUUCUUCAAGAACUCCCUCCUCGCUAAGGGGCGUGGCCUGUCUGCGCUCUCCGCCAAACACAAACUAUUUCCUUUUCGUGUCAGGACCUUUUUUGAUGGCUAUGAGUCAGCUAUGAAAGAAUUUUAAACGAUUUAAAGAGAUUUUUCAACUUUUUGAGAACUUUUUACUAAUUUCCUGUACUUUUGAACUGUAGUAAGCGUAGAAAAUUUUUAACUGUUUUCUCAAAAUUUUCACUUAAGAGGAUACUUCAAAUACAUUGUGAGAUUAUCGGUUUAAACUUUUUUUCCCCCAAAUUGGCUUUUUUUGAGUCUAAGGGCUGGAAUUUUUCAUACCUUCAGGAAAUUUUUUAAUCCCUAAGAUAGUGAAAAUAAUGAAAAUAAACAAAAUAAAGCAUUAAGAAAUAGUUUUCUCCUGAAAGUUUGUCAAAAAAUCAGAAAAAACGUUUGACAAGCUCAGAAAAAUCCUGCAAGGUAUGCUUCUAAGCUUUUUGGUCUUAUAAUUUUUUUUAAAAGUUAACGAAUCAAAAAUCGAGGUUGAUUCUCAAUAGAGCGCUCUUUCCUGGGUGUUUCAAGCCUGCAACUAAUUAAGCACACAUUACUGUUUCAGAUAUCUCUAAUAAUUCGUUUACUUGUUUUUUUCACUACUGCAGACUUCGAAAAACUCGAUUUUAUAAUUUUUAAAAAAAUAAUUUUUAUAUUUUUUUCUAGAACUUGCUGCUUUUCAACUUUUUUUAUCUUUUUAGUUUCUUUUUUUUUUUUUUGGUUCAAUUAACUCAACAGGGACUGGCAAAAGCGUUGAGAAUUCCGAGUUUCCAGAAAAAUUUCGCCUUUUUUUUCCAGGAAAAGAAGAAGAAGGAGAGGAAGACAAUUUGAUUCAAGAACUGGAAUCGGCGGUCAUCACGCAGCGACCGGAGCCAAAAGGUUUUUUAAGGCUAGAAAAAGAAGAAAACUUUGUAAUUGAAGAUAACCAUAGAUUUCUGUUUCAAAACUUCAUUCGAAAUGGAAAAAAAAGUUGGUGAACAUUUUCAUGACCUUUUUGGGAAUCAUGGUUUUUCUUGGAAGUCUUUACCCUGAUUUUGAAGGCCGGGGAAGUUUUUCAUGAUUCAAAGCAACGAAAAAACAUUAUUCGCGUUUUUCUGCCAGAACUAAUCAUUUUUAUCAUCUUUUGGGGGUUUUCAGAGAUUUUGAAUUAUAUCCGAGGUCUUUAAAGACGCAAUAGUUUUGAAUAGAAUAAAAUAAAAACUAAAAAAGGUCUUGAUCCUUUUUCGAAAUAAUUUUCCGCUUCUUUGGACACCUAUCAUGAACUUUUCAGCAUAGUUAACAAAAGUAUGAAAUGUUUUCCGUGUAAAAUCUCAAAUAAUAUCCUUCAGAAACUCCGGAGCCGCCGUCUGGAAAGCGUUCGAUCCCCUACGCGAUCCCUCGUCCCAUCGACAACAUGGCGAAUCAGUCGAAGAACACCCGAAUCCAGUGUGUUCCCUGUCCAGGCGGCAUUUUCGGCCCGCCAAUGACUCCCGCCCCAGAACUGCCGCCGUUGAUAGUCCCCGCCGAGUCCUACGCUCCAGAAGGUAACUCCGAGGGCUACGUCCUUCCACCGCAACCUCCGCUUGCACCUUUGCCUGCACCCGAAACAGAAGACUCGGCUCUGGAAAAGUCCGAAUCGGCCGAGAUGAUCGAGGUCGCGGCCACCGAUUCCGCGACGGAAAAGUCCGGAAACCAGUUCCCCGACUCGGCUCAGUACAUCAACGCUGAGAAUUCCGAAGUUGUUGGUCCGACCUUGUCUCCUGAAGACCCAGAUCUGCCGUCUUCCUUGUAUGCGGGAGAAAUGCAGAGUUCUGGUUAUGUUCAGCCUCCAACGGCGGUAGCACCUGCACCAGCGCCGGUAAGGCCAAUGCCGACGGAAGCAGAGUAUGCUCCACUUCCACCUGGUCCUGCUCCCAAAAAAACCGCUUAUAUGGCUCCCACGGCUCCAAAAUCAGAAUAUUCUGCACCUCCUCCAGCUCCUAAGUCAGAAUACACACCAGCACCCGCACCAGAACCGAAAAAAUCAGAGUAUUCCGCGCCUCCUCCAGCUCCUACGACUUCAAAGUCUGAAUAUUCAGCACCACCAUCACCUUCUCCUGCUCCUGCUCCCAAGCUCGAGUACUCUCAAGCUCCUCCAGCUCUAAAAACAGAGUAUUCACCCCCACCAUCACCGCCAACUCCAAAACCAGCUGAAUAUGCGCCUGCUCCAGCUCCGAUAGCUCCAAAAUCAGAAUAUUCACAACCUCCACCAUCACCUCAAAAACCAGCUGAAUACGCGCCUCCUCCAGCUCCAAAGUCAGAAUACGCGCUACCGCCAGCUUCAAAGUCUGAGUAUGCACCUCCUCCAGCUUCGAGCACAACAGUGCCGCCUCCUCCAGCCCCAAGAAAGCCAGAAUAUGUUCCUCCACCGCCUCCUCCAGCUCCGAAGUCUGAAUACUCAGCACCACCGCCUCCUCCAAAGUCAGAAUAUUCACCACCUCCUCCAGCACCAGCAAAGCCUGAAUAUGUUCCGCCGCCACCUCCUCCAGCACCGAAGAAGCCAGAGUACGCAGCACCUCCUCCAGCUCCAAAGAAGCCAGAGUACACAGCACCUCCUCCAGCACCAAAGAAAACAGAGUACGCAGCACCUCCUCCAGCUCCAACUGAUGAAAUCGAGAACAUUGGCGUCGUCGAAGCGCCUGAAGACGAGGAUUACAGCCAAGUCGGAGACCAAGAGGAGGAAUAUGCCCCUGAACCCGCCCCCACUUCCUACCCGGCUGCUCCCGCACCCGCACCGCAUGUCCCAGGUGUCGUGCCGCAUGAACUGCCCUCACCUGCAAAAGGCGCUUACGUCACUGAUCAUGGCUCCAGUAAGACCUAUCCUCUGAACAGGAGAAACGUUUCUUUGCAGUUACCUCCGAAGAGUCCGGCUACGAAGAAUCCCAUUCUGCCUACUCCACGGCCACUAGCAAACCGAAAUAUCAGAGUUUGCCGCCGAGUAAGUUUUGAAGAGAAAUUAUCAAAAAAGUGUUAAUUUUCACUUUGGUUCUAGCAGCCCCUGCAUCAGUAGAGUCAUCGACGGAAGACAUGGCGGUGGAGACGUCGGUUUCCGGCUCCUUCCAGCCAAGUAGACCAGCUCCUCCUCCCCCUCCCCCACCUCCUCCAGCCCCUGCUCCAGCUCCACCACCACCACCAGAGCCUGCUCCAGCUCCAGCUCCGCCUACAGAGCCAGAACCGGAAAUCGUCGAGCCCACGACGUCGGCUCCCGCCGAAGAAGAAGAGGAAGAAUCGUCGAAGAUCGACGAAGAGGACGUCCACGAGGCGACUUUUGCAGUUCGGCCAACGCUCCCGCCUUAUAUCGAAGUUCCCGAAGAGCCGCCGUUCGUCGACGCCUACCCCGGAGAAUCUUCCUACGCCAGUCUCGAGGGAGACCAUUACAGUACUGGCGGUUUGGUUGCCACCGUUCAGUCGACGGCCGGCGGUGGUGGAUAUGCUCACGGACCGGUUGAGGUGUGUUUGAAACAGUAGGAUUAGUGUCUCAGGUAUACUGUAACUGAGAUAAAACAGUUGGAUCGAAAAUUGGGUGUACUGUAACUGAGAUGAAACAGUAAGAUUGAUAAUCGGGUGUACUGUAGUUGAGAAGAGAAAAAGUAGGAUCGAAAAUCAGGUGUACUGUAAUUGGAAAGAGAAACAGUAGGAUCGAAAAUCAGGUGUACUGUAAUUGGAAAGAGAAACAGUAAGAUCGAAACAUAUGCAUACUGUAAUUGAUGAAAACAGAAGGGUCGAAAGUCAGGUGUUCCAUUAUAAUGAAAAAAAAGGAGGGUAUAAGUAGGUUUACUGUAAUUGAGAAGAGAAACAGUAGGAUCGAAAAUCAGGUGUACUGUAAUCGAGAAGAAGAACAAUAGAAUCGAAGUUUGGGUGUACUGUAAUUGGAAAGAGAAACAGUAGGAUCGAAACAUAGGUGUACUGUAACUGAGAUAAAACAGUAAAAUUGAUAAUCGGGUGUACUGUAAGUGAGGAAAAAACGGUAGGAUCGAAAAUUAGGCGUACUGUAACUGAGAUAAACAAAGUAGGAUGGAUAAUCGGGUUUACUGCAAUCAUAAAAAAAAUACCGUAAGAUUAAGCCUUGGGCGUACUGUGAUUGAGAACGUCAAAAAGAGUAUUCUCAUUGAAAUAAAAUUCAUUAUGUGCAGUAAAAACAAGAUUUCUUUAUAAGGGGAAAAUACUUAUAGCUAUUUAUCCAUAGAGCAACUUUGCUCUGUUACGUUUUUUCACGUCGAUUUUUCAACCUUUAUGUGUUUUUUUUUCUUUGAUGGGGUCUUUUAUAUUGAAUUGAACAAAUUUAUUGACAGUGUGGACCCUAAUGAGUUCAUCUUAAUCUGAAAUUUUGGAGAAUGCAGAUUACUUUUCAAAAUUCCCGACUCUUGGAACAUGGGAGAAACUUAUUCAAUGGUAGAUUAACAUGUAAAUUUUUAAUUUUGAAAAUUUGCGGUGGUUAGGGAAUUGAAAUUCAAGGCCUUUUUCUUCAGUUAAGGAGUCAGAAAUAAAAGUACGGCUGAUUUCAUGUAGAAUUUUAGGUAGAACCAGCCUCCUACGCGGCCCCAACUCCAGUGAUCCCCUACAUCCAACGACCUCCCCCUCAGCCUUCCUACCAACUUCCUCCAUCUCAACCUCAGGGCUACCAAUUGCCACCGACCUAUUCUUUCCAACCCCAAGGCUACGCUCAACCUCCUCCUCCAGCUCCCGCCUAUGUUCAGCCUCCAGUUGGUCCAGCUCCCUUUUUCUGUAUCUUGAAAAGUUCUUCAGCCCACCUACCAACCGCCGAAUAACUGCUGCGGUGGACAGUUGUUCAGUCCGCAGGGAAAUCUCUGCAUGCCCUUGAAUUUCAACCCGUGUCGACCUCAGGCUCCUUCUUGCGGUGGAGGUACCGGAAAUUUGUGAUAUUUAAAAAAAAGGGGAAAAAAAUCAGAUUCUCGGUUGAAGUUGUAAAAUUUUUAAUUUUUUUCGGAGAAAUUUUUUUCAAAAUACUAGGUGAAAAAAAUAAUUUUUUUCCAAUGCUUUUUUUAGCUGCUUCAUUUUUACAAAAAGCCUUUCGAAAUCCAGGAAAGAAGAUAUUUUUUUCAAUUAAAAAGACAAUUCAGGUGAUAUUGUCCGUGGAGCGCACUUGCUCCUUUCAUUUUUUUCUAACGAUUUUUUUCUUUACUGAGAAAAAUAUGUCUUUGUAUGUUUUUUUCCCGAUAAGUAACAUAUCCAAUGUGCUUUCACUCCAGUUUUUCGGUAGUGAAGCUCAAAAAGUAUAGGAACUACUGAAAAUCUCAAUGGGGUCUAGUAAGUUGAAUAGAAGCUUAUAAAAGCGUAAAAAUAAGAAAUGAAAGUUUUUUUUUGAAAUCUGUUAUUUUCCGAUUUUUAAGUCUGAAAGCUCCUCGAAAAAGCUCAGAACAAGAAAAUAGUCCGUUCACCGCGACUUGACGCUUUUCGAGUAUCUGCGUCUCUCUGUUCCCUCACCGACAAGAUCAGAGAAACAUGAAAAUAGCACGUAAACAUGAGAGGGUCACCGAGAGACGAGGAGGGCGCAGAGAAAAAAAGCAUAACAAAAUUAAUAUUUCCGUAACUUUCUCAGGCUGUGGAGCUCCUUCUCCAUGUCAGUCUCAAGGAUGUUCUUCCGGAUGUCAGCAGGUUUUUUCUGAAAUUGUCCGAACUGUAUAUUCUCAUGGCUUAUCAGUCGUGCUGCCAAUCCUCGUCCUGUUGUCAGCCUCCCCAGCCGAUGACGUCAUCCUGCUGCAACCAGGUCGUCUCGACCUGCUGCCAACCUCGGCAAAUGCCUUGCUGCAACCAGCAGGUAACUUUUUUAUUUCGAAAGAAACAUGAGUUUGCAUUUUUGUGACUUUAUUAAAAUUCCGAAUAUAGUUCAUUUCUCAGUUCUUCUACCAGAGGUUGACGUUGACUUUUCUUACUUAUUUUAAAAGUCGCGAAAUGCAAAAUUGUCUCUGACUCUCUUAAUUUUCGUUAUCUUUUUCACUCUCUGGCAGCUGUUUUUAAAUUUCGCGGAAUCACUUUUUGAACAUGGAAUUAACGAUAAAUCUAAAUUUAGACCAAUAAACUUGUUUUUAAUCGAAAAAAAUGUCCACUGAAAAGCAUGUCCUUUCAUGUUAUUGAUAUUGGACUUUUUUUCAGACAAAAAGAGAUCAAUUUUUUUAUGAGUUUUUUUGAUAUGCGAAGUGAAGUAAGGACCCUAUUAUUUGGGAUUUUUUUCAAGUUGAAGUCAAUUUUUCUGCUAAAUGUUUAUAAUAUUCCUCAAGUUUUUGCCUUUGAGUUUCUUCCAAUGGUAAUGAGAUCAAGUUUUUAAAAAAAUAUUUGUUAUUUUUUUCGGUUUUUUUAUUGUAUGAUAAGUCUUAUUUAUUGUAUGAUAAGUCUUAUUUAUGAAGUAGUAAAAAAACAUAUUUUUUUUGAGCCACAAGGUUUUUUUCGACGAAACGAUAAGUUGUAUAGCGAAUAAUUAAAAUAAAUUUGAAUGUCCAGGUUCAAACUUGUUGUCCUCCGCCGCCACCGCCGUCCUGCUGUUGCCCUUGUUGCCCAUCUCCUUCUAGUCUUUGCCGCGGGAAACGGUUAUUUUUUUCAUUUCACUCGUAAUCCAGUUAAAAAAUGAUUCUAGGCUUUAG